AUGCUCUCCAACAAUCACCCGUUUGCUGAUGAUGAGGAUAAUGAUGAUCAAGAUGAUAAUUCUAGAAGACAAAAUCAACUUCAUCAUAGAGAAGAUUUCUUUGAUGAAUUUGGAAAUUAUCGGGGUGCUGAGUUAAGCAGCAGUGAGGAAGAAGAGGAUGAAGAUUUGGAAAAUGGAAGCCGAUCCAUUGUUUCGGCCAAUGAUUCAUCAAUAUCAAGACCAUCAGCUGUAGUACUUCAUGAAGAGAAACAAUAUUAUCCAUCAGCAGAAGAAGUAUUUGGUGAGGAUGUGGAAACAAUGGUGGAAGAUGAAGAUAGACAACCACUGGAAAAACCAAUCAUCGAACCUGUCAAAAAGAUGGUGUGGAAUUUGGUAGAAAAAGAAUAUAAUGCUCCUCAACCUGUUAAUUUCUCUUGGGAUUAUUUGCUAGAAUUGAUGAAAAUUCCUAGUUCGAUUAGAAAUGUUUGCCUUGCUGGGCAUUUACAUCACGGAAAAACAUCAUUCAUGGACCAUCUCAUUCGUUUCACACAUACGAACUACACCAAUUAUUUUGAAAAAGAUUUAAAUUAUACAGAUAUUAGACCUGAUGAGCAUAGAAGAGGACUUGGCUUAAAGUCAUCACCAAUGUCACUCUUAUUAGAGAGCACAAAAUCAAAGUCUUAUCUUGUCAAUAUUAUGGAUACUCCUGGUCAUACAAAUUUUUCUGACGAAGUCAGCGCAUCAAUGAGAAUAUCUGACGGUGUUGUUCUAGUUGUUGAUGCUCUCGAGGGAGUAAUGUCAAGUACGUCAGAUAUAAUCAGACAAGCAGUGCAAGAAAGAUUACCAAUCGUUCUACUUAUUAACAAGCUUGACCGAUUAAUUUUAGAACUUAAGCUACCACCAAACGAUGCCUACCAUAAGCUAAAACAUACAAUAGCUGAAAUUAACUCAAUUUUGAAAGACUCAAUUAACGAUGAGCUGCUGAAACAAAGUUAUGCUCACAGAGAUCAUGCAUCCAACUCCAGCGGUACUGAUACUGAUUAUCCAACGACUUUAAUAUCUCCAGACAUUGGAAAUGUGUGUUUUGCAAGCUCAAAGACUGGAGUGUGUUUUACAUUGGAAUCAUUUGCAAAAAUUUACGCAGACAAACGAGGCGGAUUUAGCUAUAAGGAUUUUGCAAAGAGAUUAUGGGGUGAUUUGUAUUUCAAUAGAGAGACAAGAACCUUUUCAAAGAUUCCUAACGAUCUUGGAAAGAGAUCUUUUGUUGAGUUCGUCUUGGAGCCCCUUUAUAAGAUUUAUGCUCAUAUCGUGGGUCAAGAUCCUGAAGAAUUAGACCACACUCUCAGAAAGAUCAACAUCAAGCUAACUUCUGAAGAAUUGUUAUUAGACCCAAAUCCACUGAUGAAAGCUACAUUUAGGGCAUUCUUUUCUUCACCUUCGGGAUUUGUUGACAUGCUAGAGAGAUUUAUUCCAUCACCAAACAGCACUGGAGGAAAUAAGACAAAAGUGGAACACUUUUAUACAGGAGAUUUGAGUACUCACUUCGCAAAAGACAUGAUCAACUGCAAUUCAAAAGGUGACUUAGUAAUUUAUAUCACAAAACUUUUCCCUAGGCCUGACUAUAGCUCUUUUGAUGCAUUUGGUAGAGUAAUGAGUGGUACAAUUAAGAAAGGUGAUACAGUGAAGGUUCUAGGAGAGGGUUAUACUCCAGCAGAUGAAGAAGACGUGUCUAUUACCGACAUAUCUAAUCUUUAUAUUUAUAAUUCUCGAUAUAGAGUCAAUGUUGAUAGCGUCAGCGCUGGCAAUUGGGUAUUAAUAGAAGGAAUUGACUCAACUAUUAACAAAACAUCUACAAUUUACAGAUCUACAGCACACGAAGAUACAUUUAUUUUCAGACCAUUAUCAUUUAUGAAUCAACCUGUGAUAAAGAUUGCUGUAGAGCCUUUAAAGCCAUCAGAAUUACCUAAAAUGUUAGAUGGACUUCGAAAAAUUAACAAAACCUUUCCUCUUGUAACCACAAAAGUGGAAGAAAGUGGAGAGCAUAUUUUACUUGGUACUGGUGAGCUCUAUCUUGAUGUUGUCAUGCACGAUUUGAGAUUGUUAUAUUCUGGAAUUGAAAUCAAGGUUUCUGAUCCAUCUGUCACUUUUUGUGAGACAGUAGCUGAGACAUCAUCAGUAAGAUGCUCCACCCAGACUCCCAACCAAAAGAACAAGUUUGUAAUGAUUGCAGAACCUCUUGAAAAAGGUCUUUCAGAGGAUAUUGAAUCAGGAAGAAUCAACCUCGACAAGAUGACCAGUGAAACAAGAGAACAAAUACUGAAAGCUAGCUACGAUUGGGAUGAAUACACUGCAAGUAGAAUUUGGGCUUUUGGUCCAGAAGACAAUGGUCCCAACAUGCUAAUCAAUGAAACUUUUGAAGGAGAAGUGGAUCAAAAAUUAUUAGCAUCUGUGAAAGAUUCAAUUGUUCAAGGUUUUCGAUGGAGCACCAAGGAAGGCCCUCUUUGCGACGAACCUAUUCGAAAUGUAAAAUUUAGAUUACUCGAAGCCACUCUUGCUGAAGAUCGAGUUUCUCGAGGAGGUGGUCAAAUCAUUCCCACAGCUCGUCGAUGUUGCUAUUCGAGUUUCUUGCAAGCAACACCUCAACUCAUGGAACCCAUUUCUAUGGUGGAAAUUCAAACACCAAUGGAGUGUUCAGAUAUUAUUACAAAGAUUUUGGAACGAAGAAGAGGACAAGUGCUAGAAAAUAAUGCAAAACCAGGAACACCGUUCUUCAUUGUAAAAUCAUUUGUACCUAGUAUUGACUCUUUUGGAUUGGAAACUGAUUUGAGAAUGGGAACUAAAGGACGAGCGUUCUGUCUUUCCAAAUUCGACCAUUGGGAUAUCGUUCCUGGUGACCCAUUGGACACCUCUGUGGUGAUUACACCACUCGAGCCAAGUCCACUAUACGCGUUGGCUCGUGAAUUUCUCCUCAAGACUCGUAGAAGAAAGGGUCUCAGUGAUCAGAUUAGCAAGUACUCUGAAACUGAAUAA